CUAUGAACUGCUCAACUAAAGAUGUGGACACUUUGACGCAGAAGUUGGACUUGGUGAUUUACGUGCCCGUCUUGGUGUUCGGCUUGGCGUUAAACAUUGCGGCAUUGGUGGUGUUCUGUCGGCUGCUCAGAUGGACAGAGUCCUCUAUCUACAUGACCAACCUGGCCCUGAUGGACCUGCUGUUGCUGCUGCAGCUGCCCUUCAAAAUGCAUGCGGCACACCACAAGUGGGAAGAAGACAAGAUGUUCCUUUGCUCUUUCCUAGAAAGCCUUUACUUUGUGGCUAUGUACGGCAGCAUCUACACAAUUGCAUGCAUAGCCAUAGACCGAUACAUCGCCAUAAACCACCCGUUUCAAGCCAAGCAGCUCACUGUCAACAUGAAAAACUUGAGGUGUUCCUCUUCACACGCGAUGGUCGUCUGGCAAACCAUCUUGAAACCUUCACAAUGACUCAUAAAUGUUUCUGAUGCAAAACUCGCAAUGGCAUUACACACUUCCCAAUUAUCUCUUUUGUUCUGUAAUCUGCCUCCUAAAUCAGAAGAUUAAAAUAUUUGUGUAGACUUGUUUCACAAGAAUCAACAAGAAUUUCAUUAGUGUUGUGUUAGUGUAAAACAGGUUCCCAUUGGGCAAGAGUUUUGUCAUUGAUUUCCACUAGUUGUGGGUAUUUGUGUGGGUACGGAGCCAUGUCACUAGUUUCACCUAGUCAGAUGGUGAGUGUCUUACAUCAUAUCUCAUCAUAUCUAUAAUUCAGCUGGUGAAGUGUGGCAGAGCGCAGGUGAAAACAUACUGUACGCAUCCUUACGUCAGGUUCACAUACUCCGUUUGCAGAGUUUUCUUUGUUGUUG